GGGAUUGUCACACUUAGUGGCUUGGCCUUCCCAGCUGCUCUGAACCUUCUGUGCACCCUCAGCCCAACACCAUGACUUCCUGCUACAUCAACUCAUCCCACUGUCUGGGCAGCACCAAGAUGCCUACAGCAACAAAUGUCUGUGGCCCCUGCACUGACAUUGGAGGCCAGCCUGGGUCAGAGGGCAACGCUGCAUCUCUGUGUCUGUUGGCCACCAUCGCACAUGCCAACCGACCGCGUGUUGGGGCAACCCCUCUGGGCCAACCCAGCCUCUGUAUGCCCCACAGCUGCCAAACUGCUUGCCCCUUGCCAGGGACCCGCAACAUUCCUGGCAACAUUGGAGUCUGUGAGAACUAUGGGGAAGGCGCUCCCAAUGGCCAUGAGAAGGUGACCAUGCAGUUCCUGAAUGAUCGCCUGGCCAACUACCUGGAGAAGGUGCGCCAGCUGGAGAGGGACAAUGAGGAGCUGGAGACCAAGAUCCGAGAGUCAAGCAAAUGCCAUGAGUCCACUGUGUGUCCAGACUACCAGUCCUACUUUCAGACCAUCAAGGAGCUCCAGCAGAAGAUCCUGUGUAGCAAGGCUGAGAAUACCAGAAUGGUUAUCCAAAUUGACAAUGCCAAGCUGGCUGCUGAUGACUUUAGAAUCAAACACGAGAGUGAGCUCUCCCUGCGCCAGGUGGUAGAGGCGGACAUGUGUGGGAUGCACAAGCUCAUGGAUGACCUGAGCCUGGCCAAGGCUGACCUGGAGGCCCAGCAGGAGUCCCUGAAGGAGGAGCUGCUCUGCCUCAAGAGGAACCACGAACAGGAAGUGAGCAUUCUGAGGGGCCAGCUGGGGGACAAGCUCCAGAUUAAGCUGGAUGUUGAGCCCACCGUGGACCUGGGCAGGGUGCUGGAGGACAUGAGGUGCCACUAUGAGGCCAUGGUGCAGACCAGCCGCAAUGAUGUGGAGGAGUGGUUCCAAGAUCAGUCUGAGAGCAUCAGCCAGCAGGACAUGUCCUGCUCCGAGGAGCUGCGGUGCUGCCAGUCGGAGAUCCUGGAGCUGAGACGCACGGUGAACGCCCUGGAGGUGGAGCUUCAGGCCCAGCACACGCUGAAAGACUGUCUGCAGAACUCUCUGUGUGAAGCCGAUGCCCGUUUUGGCACGGAGCUGGCCCAGAUGCAGAUCCUGAUCAGCAACGUGGAGGAGCAGUUGUCUGAGAUCCGGGGUGACCUGGAGCGGCAGAACCAGGAGUACCAGGUGCUGCUGGACGUCAAGGCUCGGCUGGAGUGUGAGAUUGCCACGUACCGGAAACUUCUGGAGAGUGAGGAUUGCAAACUCCCCAUCAACCCCUGCUCUACGGCUGCUUCCCGUGUCCUUGGGCCAAGCUGUGCCCCUGCCACCUGCAACCCUCUCUAAGCCAGUGGGACCAGCACUGAGAACCGAUUCUGAAGGUCUGCGUUGCAGUGUGGGAGGUCAAGGCUGGUUGCACUGGAGCUAGGAUUGCCCUCACCUGCUUAGUUUUCCUUCCAGGGAGACCAAACUCACUGGAGGCAUUUUCAAUGAGUCAAAGUGUGACAGAAACUUCUAAGCAGUGGCUCCCUGUGUGUCCCUUUGCUGCAUUCCACCCCACCCCCCAAUGCUGUAAUUGUCGUUCACCUAAGCUAUUGUUUGCUCCCAGGACCUCUUCUGGGAUUUUGGUUCUACUCCAGUGCUUCAAACUCUCCUAAGAUGUAAUUGGGUUCCUGUACCAAAUGGUGAAUAAAACUCCUUCCUGCA